UCUUCGAAGAUGCCAUUUAACUUUGAGAAUGUCGAAAUCUUUGCUUACUCCAGAAAUAUUUCAAAACACGUGAUGGUAUGAGCUUUUAAUAGAAAUCUCGAGAGCUGUUUUUCGACCCAUAACAAAUUACUUUAAUGGAAAUUUUCGAAACGAAUGGUUGUAUGAUGCUAAAAGCUAUCAUCAAUCCCAAAAGCAAUCGGAUGCAUUUUGAGUUCUACUUUUUUUCUUUCCUUUUCCAUAUCUCCAUGAAACACAGAAGGGAUUCACUAUUUUUCGUUGUGAAGAAGAUUUAGGGAAUGAUUAUGUAUAUCGUUAAAAGUUUGGCAAUAAAUAUAUCAGUAAUCUCAAGAAAAACCCAAAAACACCAUUUCGUUAGAACUUUCUUUAUCUAUAAUCCUAAGUAAGCAAAGUGCUUCUGAGCUAACACUGGUUGAUAAAUAACAUAAUAAAUAGCAUAGUUUUGUUUACAUUUUCUCAGUCGGAUGAAUAUCAUUUACGAAAUAUUUCUAAGUUUUUUAAUGAUAGAAAUACAACUGAAAAAGAAACAGAUGCUUUCAUUGGUUUAAUUGUUAUAAUGCGGUUACGAGUCAUUAACAACUGAGGCAAGAAAUUCUUUCACACAUACAAUUGCGUAUUGAGGAAAUAGAUGCUUGUUUUUUGAGGAUGAUACUUUUGAUGAUUAUGUCGUUUGUCUGCAGUCAAGCUGUAUAUUGCUACAAGUGCCCGAAAGGAGGUCCAAACUUUUAUUACGUUGACAUUAUAACAGGAUGCCAGGUCUAUUACCACUGCUCAAAUGGCGAAAUGACACGGUUCUCCUGUCCAAACGGCCAAGCAUUUGAUGUUCUCUCAAAUUUAUGUAAGAACCACCACUCAUUUCAAUGCAUAGAAUUCGGUCCUUCCAGACAGAAACGGUCUGCUAAAACGAUUGCUUCUUCAAAUACCGCUAAACAUCAGACACAAGUUAAAGCACUUUCAGAAGAAAAUGCAAAUAUCUCUGCACCUUCAAGCGGAUUAGAAAAAGAAUCAAAAUACAUACAGAUUUUAAAUAGGACGAAAGAUGAUAUGAUAGAACUGUUUAAAGACGCAGUUACUCCUCAUGUUAAAGAGUCAUAUUUAAAAGUCAAAUCACUCAGUGAAACAAUCAACAAAAUGCCUGCAACUUGGCAAAAGAUUUACAAUUCAAAUUUUAGUUUGGCUACUUUCUUUAGCGUUACCCAAAAUAUUACCCCAAACCUUAAUACCUUUAUUAACUUUAGUAGUUUUCUUCCUACAAAAGAAUCAGUUCAAGUAAAAUCUAAAAGAAGCGUUAAUCAACUGCAUUUAGAUAAUUUACAAGAUAUUAUAGAGACUUAUAUUGAUCCAUUUAUAUCUCUGGCUUCCACAUUUCUAAAUGAAUUGCUUUUUGAUAAUAAAGAAACUCUUACAAGAAAAUUUAUUUUACCGGUGAUAAACAAUGUGCUGAACGAUGAAGAAACACAAUUUGAUUUGCACCGUAUUCACUGGAUUGUUAAAGCAACUUUCGCUCCUAUUAUAGCAGACAUAUAUGAGCAACAAACUUGGAAUUCUCCUCCAGGGACUGUUAUUCGGAUACCUAAGAGUCAUAUUUUUUCUGCUUGGAAUACAAUUGAAAUUAAGGCUCUUCCUAUUGUGCAUAAAAUUAUCGAAAAACAUUCAUCAAUGGUCUUUGAUCGAAUCUAUGAUAACUGGAUAUUCAUAUAUGAUGCUCUAUACAGCUUCAGUUCUAGUAAAAGCCAACUCAAAGUAUUAAUGGACACUAUUCAACGAUUUCUUGAUAAGCAUAUUGCUGUGAUACAGACAUCAGAUGCUAAAUAUUUCCAUGCAUUUACUCUGGAAGAAGCAUGGCAGGAUUUAAAACCAUCGAUUGUCAAUUUGUUGCAAAUAUUACUACAGCGUAAUCCUCAACUUCAUAAAAAUUGGAUUAACAUAUUCUUUAAUAAGAACUCAUACUUUUACAAAGUAAUAUUUGGGUAUUGAGGGUUAACCGUGAGAAUCUAAAAGCAGGUGGCGAUAGUGGUGAGGGAAAAAAAAGGAACAAGAAUGCUGCCAUGUUUUUGUUUCUGAUUAUGUCUUCUCUCCGAAAGCUAUAGUUCACUCCAGCUAUAAGAAUUUAAAGAGUUGCAUUAAUUUAAUGCAGAAUAGUUCCUUUAAAGAAAAUUAUUUUUCUGAUGCUUUUCGAUUUUUAGAAUAAUAUUAAAGAAAAAACAAAAUAAUAUCAAAAAGAGCUAAUGCUCACACAAGUAAUAAGCCAAUGCAAGUGAUAACACUGAAAGUAUUAAUUUUAUGUAUGAAUUGUCUCUAAUAUUAUUUUUUAAAAUUCUUUUAAAAACACAAAAACUUUUUUCCAAGAACACUCGAACAGUUAUUUUAUACAAAUUUUUUACUACUUAGUGUAAUGUGCUUGUUAAAAUUGAAGGCAAAGAGAAAAGACUUACAGCGAAAAGAAUUAGGUAUAAUCUGUGUCUCAGAUCAAAAAAGGACAUCAAUUAUUUUAAGGAAAGCAGUAAGGCUCACAAUAGGCUCAUUGCCUGACGUUAUUCUUUUAUUUUUCAUUUAUUUUUAUUUUUUAUAUUUUAUUUAUUCAUUUAUUUAUUAAAAUUUUGUGACAAUUUAAAUACUUGUCAUAUUAUUAAAAUUAUGUUAUUCCUUUUUAAUAGAUACUGAGUGCCAGCAUUAUGCAUAGCCCAUUUUUUUUAAAUCUUAUUUUAUCACAGGAUUUUGAUUAAAUCCUUAUUGAUCGAAUGGUAUACCUGGAUGCAUCUUUGAGCUGUCAACCCAUUCUUUAACUUACUAGGAUAUUAUGAGCCAUUUUUGUAUUCAGCACAGAAGCUUGUACAUAUAGGUGUAAUAAUAAAUAAAAAUAAGAAAGCAUUCCCACAACAGCCCAAUGUGCGCCAUGUGGGUCGUAUUAAAGUUCCCCAAGUACAUGCUCAACGGCAUGAUAAUAACAAGUGCGGUCGGCAUUGUGCACGGAUAAACUAAAAUAAAUAUUUUAAUUGGGGCCUCUCUAUUGUCUGUCUGUAGAAAGAACUCCCCUCGCCAUUCAUCUGCAAAAGUGGUGGUGACUAUGUUUACGAGGUUUAGCUAUUUCAAUAAGGGUAUUGGGUCACUAAAGGCGCGUUUUUGCUCGAUUCGGCAAGGAAUGAGGAAUUUGGGUAGGAAAAGAGAGAGAAGCCCCCCUCUUUGAAAUACACUAUUUCUUGUUUCCGUGACAGCAGGUGGUUUUAGACUUUGUAGCGAGGGGAGUUUGUUCUAUAAACAAACUGUAUCUAAGUUGUUUCACCUUUUCUCUAAAAUUUUUGUAGUAGGGUUAAGAAAAUGGGUUUUCACCGUAACUGUUGGUGUAUCUCAGCGCUAUCCUACUUUAAAUUUUUUUUUCUAUUUUUCCAAUUAAAAGCUUUAUAUCUUCUAAUUAAAUAAUAAGCCAAUCUAGGCAGUGAUCACACAAGUCUUUAUUUGGUUGUGUAACAAUAAAUUAAAAGAAGCAUUUUUUUUGUGUAGCAUUUAGCUCUUGUAAUUAAUUAAUAUUUAUUUAUAGAUAGAAAAUUAAUAAAAUUGAAACACAUCCUGCCAUCUAUUGAGCAUAGCAUACAUUAGAAUGCACAAGGAUUUCAGCUCUAGCACUCUUUCAUAAUAAGAAAUUAUUGUAUUCUGGCACAAUUUUCAUCUUGACAACGUUCAACAAUAAAGAAUUUUCACUUUUGUUCAGAUUUUAGGCAAUGACUCACCCCUACUUGAAAUAUACUAAUCUUGUUGCCAUAACUUUCGCCAUCCACCAGGCACAGUGACGGUGGUUGUUCAGAGAGACAGACAGUUCUUACUUUUCUCAUUCUGUCUCAUAAUUUUCAACAUUCCCCGGUAUGUUGCGAAGUUGUUAAUGUGUACAUAUAUGUGUGUGCUUGGUACAGUCUUGUCUCAUAUUGCUAUCGGCCAUUCUGAAAAGUCGAUUUAUUGUUUAAUUAAUUUUGAUAUUUUACUAAUGCACUAUUUAAUACUAAUAAUUAAUAUUUAUAUGCCACUUCUAUUAAUACAUCAGUUAUACAUUGUAUUUUAUGUAAAUAUACGCUUUUUUAAACAUACUAUUUGAUGUUCAUUCUUUCUCAACCAUGUCAAAUUGUAAGAUAUGAAAAUUCAAUGAAGAAAACGAAACAUUUGAUGCAGAGCUGAUUUCUUUACUUCUCUGAUAGAUAAAAUAGUAUGUUUAUUGUUCAACAUAGUUUUGAGUACUAUUGAUCAAUAAUUGACUUAUACUGUACUACUACUAUUGUUAACACCAUUUGACUCAUAAAGAAAAUAAAUAUUUCAAUUAAAAGGUGAAACUCGACAAGAUAUAUUUAUUGAAAUAUAUUUCUAAUCUAUUAUUUUCAUUUGAAGCAAUAUUUAAAUGUAUGUCGUUGUUUAUUAAAUAUUAAUGUUAUAAUAAGUAGUUAGCCUUAUGCGAAUAC